GGAAAAAUCUCUUUCCUCUUUUCCCCUUUUCCUCUCCACAACCCAUUCCUCAAUUUCCCACACUUCUUCACCAUUUCUCAUCACCACCACAACCACCCAUCGAGAACAAUCGACAUGUCGUCACACGCUCGAGGAGAGCGCUCUAUAAGAGACUGCACCCGCGAUUCGCAAGAGUGAUCGAUGCACGACUGCGACCGCGACCGCGGUUCGCGAGAACCGCCGGCACUCGGCAAGCUUCGCGUUGAAUUCGACCAGCACAGGAACCCGCCUGUACGCAUCACGAACCCAUCGACCGACGGUGGUAACAUUGUUCAUCAUGACGAUGGUUACUUCGCGUUCCAGUCAUCUGCAGAGGCCUCGACUGAGGCAUUGUCCAUUAUUGUCCGCGCCGCCCGCGGAAAAGUCGUCCACGGGCUUGUUUGGUUCGAAGACCCUCCGUCGUCGUCCAAUAUCCGUCCCGAUGGGCCUUUGGGACACAGCUCAAUGACACCCCCGCCGUCGAGUUUGGAUCCCAUCGUCAAGUCUGAGCCUCGAUCCGUUGUCCCUUGCAAGAGGAGAGAGCGCUCCUCAAGCUCGAUCGACAGCCCGGGUUGCUCGCAAUACGGAAUGUCUUCCAAGGCACGUGGGAAGGAACUUUUGCGACAAGCGCGACCUCAUCUCGACGCACAUCCGCCAAUCCAGGGAGCUGUCAUCGGGUCAAUCCACAGCACCGACACCGACGAGUCCGAGUUCAAGCUCGUUGAAGGUCCCGAUGGAGAGUAUACCGUGGAAUUCAAGGCUCAUCAACUUCGGCCCGCCACCGGCACUCCUCAAUAUCGCUGCUGCAACUGCGACGAAAAGGGCCACGCUGCCAUUGACUGUGUCAUGCCCCAAGCAGAUGGCUACGUCUGGGGAUGCGUGUGGUGCAACUCCAGGACUCACGACUGCGACGACUGCGACGCUCCCGACAAGCCCAAGGCGCCCGAAGCCAUGUUCUACAUGCUCGUCGUUCGCCGCGCUCGGAAGCCUCCGAUUGUCACAACAGUGUCCUGGUACGAUCUUCUUAUGGACUCAUACAAGGGUUUCAAGCUUCAGGUGCGCAAUCUUGGGGAGCACGUCUCUGCUAAAGAGUGCCUCUUGGACAUGGCCCUGAGAGCAGGGUUUCCACUGACUCAUGCGCGAUCCAUGUGGAUGCGCAUCAACGACCCCGAUCCACUGAUCAAUUACGAUUAUCACAAGAUGGACACCUGUUCAUUGCUUGCCCGCCGAUCCCGCCACCAAGGACAUUGACACACUCAUGAAGGGCCACUGGCUUCAGUGGGAGUACUACGGUGGGCAUGUUGCCUUUUGGGCCCAGUACGGGAUGUUUGUUGGCGGGGACAAGAAGACGAACCCUCAGGGCAUGUCGGAGAACAUGGCCGUGUUUCAUUUCGGGGAGCGUCCCAGGGAGUGAUGGGGGGAUGUGAGGCCAAGGCCGGGUCGGAUUAAAAGGCUCAGCCGGGUUGGAUUGAGAGGCCAGGAUUGGGUUCGUGACGCCGACGGGCGUGGCUUACAAUAG